GUCAUGUCGGACUAAUUUCAACAUAUGUGCCGUGUUUCUUAUCAAACGUUUAUAAGGCUAUUCGUUUCAAUAUUUAUCUUUAAGUGCUGUUGGAAGUCAGACAUGUGGCAUAUGUUUUGGAUUACAUGGGCUUCCCUUUUUGGGGGCUCUAUUGCAAUUAAAUCCACCACAGGAAAGGAAUUUGUCUGUGGAUUUCUAAGCUUUGUUCCGAGUUGCAUUUUACAACUAGAUAUUGCCUCCAGUUCAAAUGGUGUUGUCGAAGUAUACAUACCAUAUCUAGGAAUGAACACAACCUACUUCUUCAGUAAAACUAUGUCAUUAACUGUCAAUAGUAGUCUUCAGCUUUACGGCACUCAGAUCGGCCACAACGGCGUUUAUAUUAAAUCAACAGUGGAUGUUUCGGUUUACAUUUCGACAUUGUGUGCAUUAAGUGAAGAUACAUACGUAUGUCUGCCAGUCAAAUCGCUUGAAAGAGCAUAUUACGUUUCCAGUAAUAGGUUUGAGACGACUGGAAAAGACUUUGUGUCACUAUUUAUGGUAAUAUCACCGUUCGCAAACACUGAGGUUAACAUAUCAUUUCCUAACGGCACAUCGAUAUCAAAGACACUGAACUGGUUGGAUGUUUAUCAGGAAACCAACCUGAACGAUCUCACGGGUACUAUUGUCCUGGCAAGUAAACCCGUUUCUGUGGUUAGCGGACAUGCUUGUGUGCUUAUCAUUGACGGCGGCAAUAAUUGUGAUAUGAUUGGUGAACAAAUGAUUCCAACGAAUGCCUUUCAAACGCAUUUCAUCGUUCCGCCAAUCCUGUCCAACAAAUUCAUUGUUCGUAUAUUCAGUAGUAAAAGUAAUAACACAGUAUGCAUGAAAAACGAAUCGUUUGAAAAUUGCACAAUGUUGGGUGCAAAUCAAUUGUUCGAAUCUGCACCACAACAUUUGCCCUUAGUCGUCACUAGUCAAGAACCAAUAUCCGUCAUACAAUACAAAGGGACUCAAUCGUAUAUGACAACUAUUCCGGGUGUCCGACAAUUUAUGAACUCGUAUACCUUCGUUAGACCAUUGGUCUAUCAGAACAAAAAUGACUAUAUUUCCGUAACAAUUCUAUCUUCCGCAUCGCAAACACUUCGUCUAGACGGCAAACUCCCAAGUGACCAACUUGUUGACACUGCUCACGUGGUACCACCAUUCAACAAUUAUACAGUCCUCACAUUCAGAAUUACCGCAGGAUACCACGUGAUGUCAUCGACAGAAAGAAAUGUUGUGUUCGGAUUGAUUGUUUUUGGAUUCGAUGAUUUGUCCGCAUAUGGUUUUCCUGCAGGGAUGAACUUCGAAAUUGACGCAUGUGCUUCUAACCCCUGUCUUUCUGGCAGUACAUGUUCAAAUGGUGUUAACGGUUAUACAUGUACAUGUCCAGCUGGUUUCAGUGGAAGGAAUUGUGACGCCGAUAUAAACAAAUGCUCAUCAUUCCCAUGUCUUCACGGUGGUACGUGUUCAGAUGGUGUCAACGCUUACACCUGUGUAUGUCCAGAUGGCUUCAGUGGAAUGAAGUGUGAAACCAAUAUUGACGAAUGCGCAUAUGUCCCAUGUUUUAACGGUGGUACAUGUUCAGACGGUGUCAACACUUACACCUGUACAUGCCAAGCUGGCUUCACCGGAAGAAAGUGUGAAACCAACUCUAACAAACAGUUGAUGUGCUACAGUUGUGAAGACAUGUCUGACCUUGAACUCUGCGAUACCGUGCAGAAAUGUGGCGAUGGGGAUCUUUGCACAGUGAAAUACAGCCACUCAAAAUACAGCUCCGGAUGCGCUAGUUCCUCGGUUUGUUCAUCAGCCCAAACUGCUCACGGACAUUGUUCGUUGUGCUGCGAUGAAAACUAUUGCAAUGGAAGAGGCUGUGGAGAUACUGGUUUAGGCACAAGAAGUGAAAGAGGGCCGAUUUGUUUCGACUGCAACCAUGUGCUCAGCGUUGAUCAGUGCCAGACCGUGCGACCAUGUUAUAAAGACGAGGUCUGCAGUAUUGAAGAAUUUGAUUGGCUCGGGCAUUCAAAUUACAAGCUAGGUUGUGUGGCAGCUACGUGCACGUCCAUUGACCAUGGCCGCUCCGUUCCAAGAUGCAAGUCCUGUUGCAACGAAGACUUCUGUAACACCAACUGCACCGUGAGAGAAACAGCUGCAAUUAUUGGCUAAAUCUGCUGGAACUAGUUACUGCAACUACAUGUUCACUUUCUCUGUUUCCAAUGAAAAACUUUUAAAUAUGUAUAUAAAUAAUGAAAACACA